AUGAUGAAGGGAUUUAGCGAAGAGAAAUGCCACAACUACAUUACGCAGUUAUUGAAGUAUGGUGAUGAUUGCUUGUACAUUUGUGGUACCAAUGCGCUGUCACCACGUUGCACUACAAGAAAGAAAUGGACUUUAUCGGAGGAAUGUGAGGGAACUGUAUUUAGCGCAAUUGGCCUCAGUGCUUUUAGCAGUGAUUGCGCUGCCUUACACUUAUCGUUUGAAAAUUACACCUUCACAGCAGUAUCCGUUGAUAUUGCCUGCCAGAAAAGAACUUUGCUCCGAGCUUUACCGCAUCGCGAAAGACUCUGGAUACCGGUAAACGAUGACCGCUGGUUUCAUGAUCCCGAAUUUAUUGCAUUGCUCGGCUGGAAACAAUAUGUAUUUGUCAUAUUCAACGAGAAAAAUCCACGUGGCUUAGCUAUGUGGGAACCGGUAGCAAAGCAACGAUAUGGUUUUAGAAUAGCAGCAAUGGAUGUUGCAAGCGCAGGCAAUGGAAGCUUUCAAGUUGUUGCGAUUUCUACAGCUCCAAAAGUUUAUGGUCUUGUUUUCCACGAAACUUCAUUUCAUUCAAAAUGGAGCCAGCAAAUCCCCAUCAGCGAAAAAAUCCUUCGGCUGGACAUCAGAAAUAAGGUGAAACUUCCUGAAAAAAAAACAAGCUAAAG